AUGACACAAAAUAAUAAAAAAACUAACUUUGAGCAAAAUGAAAAUAUUCGUCAAAGAAUGCUUCAACUUCAAAAACAUAAUAUCAAAGAAGAUAUAGAUUAUAUUAUGUUACAACACUCAAAGAAUCAUUUGGAACAAGAAUUAGAUAAUAAUAAAGAACUAAUAAAAAACUUAGAUACACUAUACAAUGAUAUUAGUUCAACUAAUAAUUAUGAUGAAUUAGUUAAUACAUUAAAACGAAAUAAACAGUUAUUAAAGUUGAUAUUUGUAGAAGACAAACUACCUUAUACUUCGACUUCAGAAGCAGUAUUAGGUAUUAAGCCAUUGCUACUUGAUUUAUUGAACGUAUAUGGUAUUAAUAAAGAUGAUAUUAUAUCAUACGGUAGCGAUGAUAUCUAG